AUGCGUGCUUUUAAACCAAUACUUUCCCGAGGUCUUCGAUCUUACGUAAAUAUAACUUUUCUUUGUUCUCUCUCUCUCUCUCUCUCUCUCUCUCUCUCUCUCUCUCUCUCUCUGCCAGUUUUGUCCUUUAUUCCUCUCUACGAAGCUAACCUGGGCGCGUCGCAUUACUCGUUCAAUAAUUUCUACCGGCAGUUUUCGCUGUUUGGCUCGUGGGCGCAUCUAUUUACGCAUGCUCCGCGAUUCGUUCUGUGUUGCAUACUUGGGACACUAGGCUGGGCCCGUGCAUACGCAAUAUCAGUUACUUGCAUUCUCUGUCGUAGUAACGGAAGCCUACAAGUGUGUCUGUCUGAAUCCAUAAGUUCCGCAAAUGGCGGGAUAUCAAAUGGUUUUUCUUUCUUUUUUCUUUCGUUUUUAUUUUUUCAAAUUUUCUUCACUUCUUUAACGCGAAAUCUUCUUUCUUUCUUUUUUCUUUUUCUUCGGUUAUUUCUCACUUGUAAAUCUUUCGUUGCUUUCUGUUUUUUGUUUUACAUUUUUUCUUUUCUUUCUUUCUUUUCUUUCUUUCUUUCUUUCUUUCUUUCUUUCUUUCUUUCUUUCUUUCUUUCUGUCAGUCCCUUCAGAUCUAUCUAUCUAUCUAUCUAUCUAUCUAUCUAUCUAUCUAUCUAUCUAUCUAUCUAUCUCUUUCUUUCUUUCUUUCUUUUUUCUUUUCUCCUUUCUUUCUUUCUAUUCUUCUAUCUUUCUAUCUUUCUAUCUUUCUCUUUCUUUCUUUCUUUUCCCUUUCUUUUCUUUCUUUCUUUCUUUCUGCCAUCCUUCUAUCUAUCUAUCUAUCUAUCUAUCUAUCUAUCUAUCUAUCUAUCUAUCUAUCUAUCUAUCUAUUUCUUUCUUUCUUUCUUUUCCAUUUCACUUUCCUCCCGUAUCAUUUACUUUGCGCAUCGAACCUGCCACACAAAACCAAUCCUUGUUGUAGUUGUUAAUAAACUCAUCUUUCUUUCUUUCUUUCUUUCUUUCUUUUUCUUUUCUUUUCGUGUCUUUUAUUCUUUCUUUAGUCAUUUCAUUCUUUCUUUCUCCCUCUCUUUCUUUCUCCCUCUCUUUCUUUCUUCCUCUCUUUCAUUCUUUCUUUCUUUCUUUUUUCUUUCAUUCAUUCAUUCAUUCAUUCAUUCAUUCUUUCUUUCUUUCUUUCUUUCUUUCUUUUUUGAUUCUUCCUGGUUUAUUUUCCAUUUCUUUCAUUCUGAAUUAAUUUUUUUUCUCUUUAUGUUAACUUGUCACGUUUUUCUUUCUUUACUUUUCUUUCUUUCUUUCUUUCUUUCUUUCUUUCUUUCUUAUUCUCCACCUUUGUUUUUAUUUUGUUAUUUUUUCCUUCCUUCCUUCCUUCCUUCCUUCCUUCCUUCCUUCCUUCUUGUUUCUUCUUUCUUUCCUUCUUUAUCUUUCUUUCUUUCUUUCUUUCUCUUUCUUUCUUUCUUUCUUUCUUUCUCUUUCUUUCUUUUCCUUUGUUUCUUUCUUUCUCUUUCCUUCAUUUUCUUUUUUUCUCUUUCCUUCUUUCUCCUUCUUUCUUUUUCCUUUCUUUCUUUCUUUCUUUCUUUUUCUGUCUUUUUCCUUUCUUUCUUUCUUUCUUUCUUGUUUUUUCUUUCUUUCGUUCUUUCUCUUUCUGUCUUUUUCCUUUCUUUUUUUCUGCUUUUUUCCAAUCCUUCCUUCCUUCUUUCGUUCCUCUUUCUUUCUAUUCGUUACGUCUUUUCUUUUUUGUCUUAUUCCAUCCUGAAUUUCCACGCACUCUUUCUUUCUUUCUUUCUUUCUUUACUUUUCUUUCUUUCUUUCUUUGGUUGUCUCUUCCUUCUUUCUUUUCAAUUUGCCUUUUCCUUUCUUCAUUUUCUUCCUUCUUUCUUUCCUUUCUUCUUUUUCUCUGACCCUUCUCGCCUUCUAACCUCUCCUUCUCAACACUCAUUUCUUUAUCUCCUUUUUCCUUUCGUUAUAUCCUUCCACUCACUCUUCUUUCUUCGCCCUCCUUGUCACAUUAGUAGUUUUCUUUGGCAUUUUCGUCAUGUCUAG